AUGAUUGCGCAGUGGUUCAAUGCCAUCUCCGCUGGCGACGUAGACUUCAUAGAGAGAAACAGGCGGAUGAUGGUCAAGACCCGUGACCGACAAAGACGGACUGCGUUGAUGUGUGCCGUAGAAAUGGACAACACCUCUAUCGCACAACUUCUUUUGGACGACGAGGCAAACGAGUGCGAUUCUCUGAAUCACAAUGUUCUGACAGCUAUCCUUGCAAGGCCAUCGUGUUUUGAUGAGGCAUUCAAGCUGCAAAUGAAAGCUCAAAGAACUCUGCCUUGCUCGUCCACGCCAAGUUACGAAAUGAUCAAGCUCCUAGCAUCUCGUCUAGCAAUGUGUCCUGACCUAUCGGGGGUCCUGCCGAUUGUGUACGCCAUUGAGAACAAACAUAUAGAAUAUCUCCCCGCGCUUAUAGAGCCUACUCGUCGGUUCCUCAUGAAACACAGCGAGCAGCUUAGUGUAUUAGUACCAGGAUACACGGGGCUUAUGCUGGGCUGCAUUCUUGGUGACAUCAAUCUCUGCAAUCGGCAUUGCCACCAAGUGCGAUCUACUAACUUGGCCGGACAGACAGCCCUAAUGAUUAGUGCCAUGCUUGGCUUCCAUCAAGGUAUAGGCUUUCUUUUACAGCAUGAGAUGAGAAUGCGUGACAAGUAUGGGUUCACUGCUCUGAUGUACUCCGCGAUGAUAGGGGAUACAGACUCAAUACGUACGCUUGGCCCACAGGAAGGUGAUAUCGUUUCCUCGACUGGAUGCACAACGUCCAUGAUCGCCGCAUAUCACGGGCAUGUCAGCGUUGUCUCUGGUCUGCGGAACAUAGGGCAAUAUCAGCGACGCACGGAUAACGAAGGUCGAUCUCUGCUUAUGUACGCUAUGUUUGGAGUGCCCCCGCAACAUCUUUCUAACAUCAUCCAAGAAUAUUGUGGGAUGCAGGAUAACCAAGGGAAGACAGCCUUAAUGUACGCUGCCGAGCGGGACUAUGCUGAGCUUUGCCGUUUUCUUCUGCAUUCAGAAGCUGACAUUGUUGAUACUACGGGGAGAUGUGCUCUUUCUUAUGCUCUUCGCACUCGCUCCUUCAACACUGCAAGGGUCAUCCUCGGGUAUAGGAAUCGAGAAGUGGAGGUUGAUGACUGGUCUCCUCUUAUGCUUUGGGUGCUUAGAGGCAAUAGAGGAGAUGUAGCACCUGAUGAUGCAGUACUCCAAUGCCACCUAGGUAAAGCAACAGCCGAGGGGACCACUGCGCUAAUGCUCGCUGCCAUGUUUGGACAUCUAGAGGCGGCAAAGCUCCUCCUGAGGGAAGCAUGCAUGCAGGAGAGUGCUGAGAUUGGCGGGAGGUCUGCGCUCAUGUAUGCUAUCCAAUUUGGCCAUGCAGAUGUAGCUGCUCUGUUGGUGAGUAUAGAGCACUCACUCUUUGACUCGCAUGGGCAGACAGCCCUCAUGUAUACUGUUAGAUACAGCAUGCCACAAGUGCUCCAACUCUUGCUGCCGCACGAGCUCCAUGGAAGGGAUAGCAAUGGCAUGACGGCACUCAUUCAUGCAGCAAAGGCAGGUGAUCCAAAUGCUGUUUCUCUUCUUCAGGAUGAAGCAGGUGAUGCCGACAAUGAAGGGAGGACAGCACUGAUGUACGCCCUUGCAUACGAUCAUCAAGGAUGCUACCAGUUCCUUUUUCCGGCCGAAGGAAAUGUUGUUGACAAGUUAGGUCAAUCUGCUCUAAUUUAUUUCAAAAACAAGCGCUUAGUACAUUCCCAAAUCCAUAUGAUAACCCCUUCCUUCUCCUCGACUAGUCCUCCGCUUGACGUACAUUCCACACCUCCCGUCUUUAAAACAGAGAUACGGACCUUUAACAAUAAGAAGGGCUCAUUCUGUCACUUGAAUAGCCGUCCAGCUCCCAUUUCCUUACCUAACAUCGUUGUCCCUCCGAUGAACUGCAUAACUGAUAUCCUCAAGAUGAACAUUUUGGCGGAAACGGCGGAGCGAAACAGUUUUACGGAGUAUCCAUGGUCAGGAGCGCGGGCAAUCCAGCUUCUAUUGUUCCUCAUGCAGCUGAAAAGCGUGGCUAAUACCAAAGGCGAGGUUUCCAGUCAAACCCCCAAUUCAGAGAUGGAAGCAAUCGCAUCAGAAAAUCUCUUUAGCGAGUCACUGACUCAAUAUCCUAUCAAGUCGAUAACUCCACAAGUUCGCCGAAAGAGCAACAAACUGCAGGUUGCGCAAAAGGAGCACGUCCCAAAUAUAGUGCUCUACCCAUGCCAGCACUUUGUCUACACCCCAGUAAGCCCUGAGCUCCUGGAUACACCACUACUUUGUCCAAAAUGUCAGGCCCACGUUAAAAGCUACGAUUGCUCUUCUAAUUAG